AUGGGCGCUGCGAGGGUAACUGGUCUUAAAUGGACGGUACCCCCGGCCGCCCUAGCUGCAUAUACUGCGGGGGAAUGGUCUCACCCCAGAGCGAAAGCGCGCUUCAGUGCCUCCAAGCCUCAAUUCACGAAUGAUUUCAAGUCUAAUCCACCGUCAGACGACCAAGAGAAGGACUAUGGCUCCAUCUGGAAUAACAUUGUGCAUAAGCUCGACGGAGUUAAGCAUACUGUUGGCUCAGCUGAGUGGGUAGACGUGGGCACUAUUACCAAUCUCAUCAUCCCGGACUGGGCACGAUAUAUCCCAGCUACAGCCCAAAAGCUCCAACGAGAGCUUUCUCUAUCUCCUGGGUCCUUGGCAGAUGACAUCUGGAAGGAGGCGCAGGACCCGGAUAUCAACCCUGAAAUCCUGCAAGAUGCCCAGGUACGCGUGAGCGGUGAUCUCUGCGACGAGGAACAGGUGUUCAGGCGUCAUCGGCAAAAGAGAGUCGUGAAGGCAUUAGCUUCAUACCUUGGAAUUGCCGAGGAGGACAUCCAUCCUGACGAUGUCCCAGUCAUUGCCAUGUGUGGCUCGGGUGGUGGCUUGCGUGCACUUGUUGCGGGUACAGGUUCGUACCUUGCAGCGCAGGAAGCAGGACUGUGGGACUGUGUCACCUACACUGCCGGUGUCAGCGGUAGCUGCUGGCUGCAGACUCUGUACCACUCGUCGAUCGCGCAUCGGGAUUUCAACAAGCUGGUUGAUCACUUGAAGAACCGACUUGGUGUUCAUAUUGCAUUCCCACCUGCAGCUCUUAAUCUGCUGACAACUGCCCCGACAAACAAGUACCUUCUUAGUGGUUUUGUGGAAAAGUUGAAAGGCGACCCCGGGGCGGACUUCGGGCUGGUGGAUAUCUACGGAUUGCUCCUUGCAGCGAGACUGUUGGUUCCGAGAGGAGAGCUUGGAGUUUCGGAUCGAGAUUUCAAGCUGUCCCACCAAAGAGUCAACUUGAUGGAUGGUGCCCAUCCGCUUCCUAUUUACACGGCGGUUCGCCAUGAAAUCCCCGUUCUCGAUGAAGAAAACAACAAGGAUGAAAAGAAGCCCACUCCUGAGCAGCUGAUGAAGAAGUCGCGGAACGAAGCAUGGUUCCAGUGGUUCGAGUUUACUCCCUACGAAUUCUUCUGUGAAGAACUCAAUGCCGGCAUUCCUACCUGGGCACUGGGUCGCCACUUCAAAGCAGGUCGCUCAGAGGCUACUUCCGAAUAUCUCCCUAUUCCAGAGUUAAGAGUCCCCGGCCUGAUGGGUGUUUGGGGAAGCGCUUUCUGUGCAACCUUGUCCCAUUACUACAAAGAGAUCCGGCCUCUUGUCAAGGGUCUUGCUGGCUUCAGUGGUGUUGAUUCCCUCAUCCAGGGCAAGAACUCAGAUCUGAUCCGAGUGCACCCUAUUGAUCCUGCAGGCAUACCAAACUAUGUUAUGGGUAUGAAAGAUCAGCUACCAGAUUCCUGUCCAGAAUCUAUCUUCCGGAACGACCACUUGCGUCUUAUGGACGCAGGCAUGAGUAACAACCUCCCAAUUUACCCACUUAUUCGACCCGGACGUGAUGUCGAUGUGAUUAUUGCCUUUGAUGCAUCUGCAGAUAUCAAACAAGAGAAUUGGCUUUCCGUCGUGGAUGGAUACGCCAAACAGCGUGGCAUCAAAGGCUGGCCCGUCGGUGCCGGCUGGCCCAAAGCGAACGCAAGCAUCGAGGACGCCGAGAAAGCCCUGCGUGAGCCUCAGAACAUCACCGACGACCAAGCAAACAAAAAACUGAACAAGGCCAAAAGCCAUGACUCGAACAAAUCAGCCUCCGAUCGAAAGGCCAGCGCCAGUACAGACUUAGGCUACUGCAACGUUUGGGUCGGCACCACAGAACAGCGCACCUCAAACGAGGAACCUCCACCAUCAAAACGACUCUUUGAUCCUCUUCAUAACGAAGACCAUUCGGAGUCAGAUUUCCAUCUUAUGCGCCCAGAUGCCGGUAUCGCCGUCGUCUAUUUCCCCCUACUUCCAAACCCGGAUGCAUCAGGCGUCCCACCCAAACCUCAAGUUCGUCCUCGUGCAGCAGCUCACUCUAUGAGACAAGAUGCCUCCCAGACCAAAGACCCUGAACAACCCCUCGCCCCACACCCCAACUCGAUUGAUCCAGAGGUUGAUGAUUUCUUGUCCACAUGGAACUUCAUCUAUACGCCUGAGCAGAUUGAUUCGGUGGUUGGUCUUGCCAAGGCCAACUUUUCUCAUGGCGAGGAGCAGACCCGUCGUGUUAUCCGCGCUGUCUAUGAGCGGAAGAAGACUGAUCGAUUGAAUAAGGAGGCGCAGGAGCAUCGGAAGCAGAUGGAGGGAUUUGUCCCUCUGUGA